GCGUUUGCGGAAAGGAUUUUGAGUUUGUUGUGUUGUGAUUUUUAGUCUUGGUUCUGAGAUGUGCAAAUAGUUACAUCAUCUGUUGAUACCCAGCCUUCUAUUGGCAAAGGUGCAUAAUGGGUGUGUCUACGCCGGACAAGGUUGAUAACCUUGAAUAUUGUCUUCGUAAUCUUAUCGCAAUAGAUGCCACGCCUGUAGACGCUUCAGGUUGUGAUGCAGAAUCACUAACAAAUUUAUCACGUGACAAUACCCAAUUGCUAAUAAAUCGCAUAUUUUCUCUUGGUAGGACGACUACGGAGGAUGGUAUAUUUGCCACCCUACCGAAGGAGAAUGGCAUAGUUAUGCCUCGUAUGUAUCCUCUACCAAAACCUAAGCCCAAGACUCGGUGGCAGAUAUUUGCUGAGGCCAGGGGCAUAAAGAAGCAUAAGCGUUCGCGUUUAGUAUUUGACAAGAGUGUGAAUGACUGGGUACCUCGUUGGGGUUACAAGUCUAUUAAGAAGGGUCCAUUGCAUGCUCCUCCGAUAGUUGAGGUCACUGGUUCUAAAGUGCCUCCUGACGUCGACCCCUUUGAGGCUGCUAGUCGCAAGAAGAGUGAGCGAAAGACACGUCAGAAGAUUAGGGAAAUCCGUAACAAGGUUGAGGGUGAUUCCCUUAACCGUGCUCACACUGCGCUGGAACGUGCUAAAACAUCAACUCGUAGUUGUGGCAAAUUUGACAAAAAGAAAAAGGGUGUCAACGACAAGAAGACAAUAAAACGUAAGGCUGUAUCUAGGCCGUUGAAUGAAGAGCGAAGCGGUCACUUGGCCACAUUGAGGAAAUUAAACAUUUCUUAAGCUGUGUUGUAUUUAGCAAU